AUCCAACAUCCUUGAAGGAUCUUUUUUUUCCUUUUCUGUGGUCGCUUUGUGUUAGCAAUGAUGGCUGUUUCCUUUCUCAUAUCAUCUAGUUGCUAUUUUUAAUUCUGAUAAUCUAAAUUGUCAUCAACACUUGCGAGCUACUCUUUAUUUUUCACAUACUUUGCUUCAUUUCCUUUGCCACAGUACAAAUUGGUGGUUCAACUGCUUACAUUAAAAGGGUCCUCUUCUGUUGUCUCCUUGUGUAAGCAAAGUAAAGUUCUUUUUUUCUCCAUGUGGUUCGCUUAGUUUUGUUAGGGUUUAGCUCUCACUCAUCUGAGUCAUCUUGGUUUUCUGGUUGUUAUAUUUUCCCGGUAAGCUUACUUUUCAUUGUGUUUGUUUCCAGUCCUGCUCUUAUAUUGCUUUCUGAGUAACUUUUUCUUUUCAUUCUGUCUAGUUCAACUCUGCUCUAUUGACUCUUUGUUUGCAAUCUCUAAUUGCAUUAUGCUUGGUUAAUUGAUUUGAGCUGUUUCUCAAAAGGGUUUUGAUUAAUCUCAGAUAUAAGUUUUUGAUCUUUAUUAUCACAUUCCUCUGGUUUCUAGUUUCUCAUCUUCCACGCACCAUGCCUCCAACAUAUUUUCCCCUUCGGUGGGAGAGCACCGGAGAUCAGUGGUGGUAUGCUUCUCCAAUUGAUUGGGCAGCUGCUAAUGGCCACUAUGACUUGGUCCGAGAGCUGCUUCGCAUUGACAGCAAUCACCUUAUCAAGCUUACCUCUUUACGACGAAUUCGAAGACUUGAGACUGUCUGGGAUGAUGAAGCACAGUUUGAUGAUGUUGCCAAGUGUCGUUCUCGGGUUGCAAGAAAGCUUUUUGGAGAGUGUGAAUCCAAGAGAGGGAAAAAUUCUCUCAUCCGCGCAGGCUAUGGUGGAUGGCUUAUGUACACUGCUGCUUCAGCUGGAGACUUGGGUUUUGUUCAAGAACUUCUUGAAAGGAACCCUCUGCUGGUUUUUGGGGAAGGGGAAUAUGGUGCUACUGAUAUACUUUAUGCAGCAGCCAGGAGUAAGAGUUCUGAGGUUUUCAAGCUUCUUUUUGGUUUUGCAGUCUCCCCCAGGUUUUCGACAGGGAAAGGUGGUGAAUCGGAGGAGCACAUUGUGGAGAUCCCUUCUGUUUACAAGUGGGAGAUGAUGAACAGGGCUCUCCAUGCUGCUGCUAGAGGAGGAAAUUUGAAGGUCUUACAGGACCUUCUUUCUGAUUGCUCUGAUAUUUUGGCUUACAGAGAUAUUCAGGGCUCAACUAUCCUACAUGCAGCAGCUGGCAAAGGGCAGGUUGAGGUCGUUAAGUAUCUAAUAGAAUCCUUCGAUAUUAUCAAUGCCACUGACCAUCAGGGCAAUACAGCAUUGCAUGUGGCUGCUGACAGGGGCCAAUUAUCUGCAGCUGAAGCUCUAAUUUCUGCAUCUCCUUCAUCCAUCUCUCUGAAAAACAGUUCAGGAGAAACUUUUCUCCAUAAGGCUGUGUCUGGUUUCCAGACGCCUGCUUUCCGGAGGCUAGACCGACAAAUUGAGCUUAUGAAGCAGUUGGUAUGUGGGAACCUUUUCACCAUGAAAGAUGUCAUCAAUGCCAAAACUAAUGAUGGAAGGACUGCUCUUCACAUGGCCAUCAUCGGAAACGUUCACCCUGACCUUGUGAAACUUAUGAUGACCGCUCCAUCAAUCAAUGUGAAUGUCCAUGAUGUAGAUGGCCUGACGCCACUUGAUUACCUUAGGCAACGGCCACAUUCUGCGUCAUCAGACAUACUAAUUCGGCAGUUGAUUUCAGCAGGAGGAAUAUUUAGCAGUCAGGAUUAUACUGCAAGAAGAGCAAUUGCUUCCCGCAUAAAAAUGCAAGGUAAUGGUAGCAGUCCUGGAACUUCGUUCAGAAUCUCUGACACAGAAAUAUUCUUGUAUACAGGCAUUGAGAAUGCCUCAGAUGCAAUUGCUGAACAGGGUAGUGCAGGAAUGAGUUCAUCGCCGAUAGAGUUAAGUCCACACGAUUCAACCAAUGAGAACAACAACAGCUCACUAACUAACAAGAAACCAGAUUCUGUGAAUACUACAGGACAACGACUGAAAUCUGUCCUUCUAUGGCCCCGGACGAAAGCAAAGAAACCUAAGGUGUUCAAAAAAUCUAUCAAUGAGGAGGGUUCAGGGGAAUCAUACAAGAAAUGCAACAGUUCAGAUGAUACUCCAACCCCACUUAGACUCAGAUUUUUGAAGCCUUCAUCACUUCCUAACAACAAACGGACACUAUCUGUGAGGAGUAAUCAAUCGAGUCCAUCUGCCAAGAAAAGAUUUGCUUCAGGGCUAGUGCAUGGUGUUGUACAGGCCAUGCCGCAUAUUUCCGUGCCACGCCGAUCUCGUUCAAGUUCAUUUUCAAAAUCAUCACUUUCUUCACCUAAUUCGUUGGAUAAACAAAAAGGUGUUCUUGUUGAAGAUGAUGUGGCAGGACCAUCUUGCUCAAAUCAACUAUUUACUGAUGGAACACCAAAUUCGAUUAAACAAAGCUCCACUAGCAAGAGUUUGAGGAGCCAGUAUUUCUGCUGUGGUACAGCAGGCGUAUCUGUGAAAGCCCCAGCAAGCACGCAGCAGCAGGGCCAGAGUUACAAGUGUCCUGUUGUUUCAGUGGCUUGAUUCACUUGAAGAGAAGACUUGGGUAUGGUGAUGAUGCAGGCCUCAAACGGCAGAAAAUAAUUGAUUGUCAUGAAACCAUGCCAACAGAAAAAGGCACUAACUUAGAAUAAGAAUCAGAUCAGUCCUCUAGCUGGUUACUGAACUUUAGAAACUUUACAGCAUGUUUGCUUGUUUAAUAUGUGUAAGUUAUGUACUUGUUCUUCAAUCCUGGCUGCUUAAUUAUGUUUCAUGCUGUAUUGAGAGCCGAUUAGUGGGAUGAGAUAUGUAAUGCUCUAUAUAAGCAUGUAUGUUUUAUGCUGCUAUACUUCA